GGCUCCAAGGCGCACCUUGCGAGUGAGCAGUGUGGGGUGGCUGAGAAGGAAAACCGAAACCCGAGUACGAAACCCAUCAGUGUUUCACCAGAGGUGAGGAGGGGUUUCUCGUCCACUUGCUGGUAGCCAUGGGUUCGACUACGGGAGACGACUUUAAAGAGAAACUGCUGUGGAAUGUGAAGCGAGAGGUGAAGCAGAUAAUGGAGGAAUCGGUUACUAAGAAGUUUGUGCAUGAAGACAGCAGUCACAUUAUAGCGUUAUGCAGUACGGUUGAAGCCUGUCUACUCCACAUGCUAAAGCGAAGAGCUGCUGGAUUCCUGCGCAGUGACAAGAUAGCAGCACUCUUUACAAAGAUUGGCAAGGUGUAUGACAUAGCUGGGGAGGUGUGUCGAAAGGUGCAGGAACAAAUGCAACAACAACAGCAACAAGCUGAUGGAAUUAGGAGAGCGCAGUCAGUUGGACAAGAAACUCUGAAGAGGCAGGGUUCAGUUGUGGGCCGAACCCCUCCAAUGCUUACUCCCCAAGCUGUCAAGCAUAUCUGGGUCCGCACAGCACUUUUGGAGAAGGUCUUGGACAAGAUUGUGCAAUAUAUUGUGGACAACUGCAGCAAAUACUAUGAGAAAGAAGCCCUGAUGCAUGAUGCUGUUUGUGGCCCUAUUCUGGCAGCUCUUCUUGUUGGACCAUGUGCAUUGGAAUACACCAAGCUUAAGACAUCUGACCACUUCUGGACAGAUCCUUCAGCCAAUGAAUUGGUCCAGAGGCACCGCAUACAUGGGGCUCAUGGCCGACAAGACUCGUCUCCCUCUAAGCGUCCUACUCUUGGAAUCCGAAAAAGACAGUCCAGUGGCAACAUGUCUGAGGACAAAUUUGCCACCUCAGCACGGGAAUAUGUGGAGUCUUUGCAUCAGAACUCUAGGACCCACCUUCUGUAUGGCAAGAACAAUGUCCUAGUGCAGCCAAAGGAAGAUAUGGAAGCGCUCCGUGGAUAUCUGUCACUACAUCAGUCUGCUGAAAGCCUAACACUGAAGUGGACCCCAAACCAGUUAAUGAAUGGGACCCUGGGAGACUCAGAAUUUGAAAAGAGCAUUUUUUGGGACUAUGCCCUCACUGUGCCUUUGAGCCAGAUUGUCUGCAUUCACUGCCAUCAGCAGCCGGACUGUGGGGGAACUCUUGUUCUCGUGAGUCAGGAUGGGAUACAGCGUCCUCCAUUACUCUUCCCUCCAGGAGGGCAUCUCCUGGCAUUCCUUUCAUGCUUAGAGAAUGGACUUCUCCCUCGAGGACAACUGGAACCGCCCCUUUGGUCUCAAAAAGGCAAGGGUAAAGUAUUUCCGAAACUUAGAAAAAGGAACAGCACCACCAAAUUUAAUGAACAAGGUGAGGCUGUGGAUGAAGAGACUGCUGCAGACUAUGUCUUCCGAAUAGUCUAUCCUGGACACCGUCAUGAUUACAUCACCAUAAACUACCAUCACAUGCCGGGGAGCCGUGCACCCUCAGUGGAUGAAGAUGAGGAGGAAGAAGAUAGGCUUCAUGCCAUGAUAUCAAUGAUCUGCUCUCGGAACCUCACAGCUCCUAAUAUGAUGAAAGAUCCCAGUGACAUGAUUGAAAUGCAGGGCUUGGGGAGCAGCCCCCUCUCGUGGCAACAGGGAGAGUCUAGCAGCCGUGUCUCCUCCUGCAUUUCUUGUUCCACUGGAAGUAGCAGCACUCCUUAUGGCCUUCCCAAUGGCUGUUCAUGCAUUCAUGAUCGGGUUCCAUUAAAGAUGCUUUGUCAGAACAUGAAGCGUCAGAUUGUCUCCAGAGCUUUUUAUGGAUGGCUGGCCUAUUGCCGUCACCUAUCUACUGUCCGGACACAUUUGUCAGCACUUGUCAAUCAUAACAUUGUUCCACCUGACAAGCCAUGUGAGGCAUCUGGAGGCCUCACCAAGGAUGUAUGGAGCAAGUACCAGAAGGAUUGUAAGAAUUACAAAGAACUUGAACUCUUGCGCCUUGUAUAUUAUGGAGGAGUGGAGCAUGAAAUUCGCAAAGAAGUCUGGCCAUUUCUUUUGGGACAUUACAAGUUUGGGAUGAACAAAAAAGAGAUGUCAUUGGUAGAUGAGAAGAUUACCACAAAGUACCAGCAGGUGAUGGCUGAAUGGAAGGCCUGUGAGCUGAUAGUGAACCAGCGUGCCAAAGACUCUCAAACAACAUUUCUCACCAAGUUCUCUUCAGGGAGCAGCAUUGACAGUCAUGUUCAGAAACUUAUUCACCGUGAUUCUACCAUCAGCAAUGAGGUGUUCAUGUCAAUUGAUGAGCUAGAAGGUUCAAGCGCAGAACACCCAGGUCAUGAACAUGGGAUGUCCACUAUGAUAACUGCUAAUACUCCUGUUGCAGUGGCAGCUGACGAUCGGCCUGCAGUUGAAUUUGACUCUCCAGACUCUGGCUUGCCUUCAUCUCGUAACUAUUCUGUGGCUUCAGGACACUCCCAGAUCCUGUCCAGCAUUGAGGAUGGACAGAGUAUGGAGGAAGAGACUGGUCCGGACCUGGAAGUAGAGGCUGCAUUGAUGAAUGGGACUCAACGAUUACUGGCAAGGCAAGGACCCCAAGAUUCCAUCACUGAAGAACAGUUAUGUACUCAGUUAGAUAUGCUCGUGUCUGGUGAAGAGAGUACCUUCUUAUCUUUUACAUCUUAUACGAUUGAACUGCUGGACACUGUAGCCUUGAAUCUUCACCGGAUUGAUAAAGAUGUGCAGCGCUGCGAUCGAAAUUAUUGGUACUUUACCACUGCUAACUUGGAAAAGCUGAGAAACAUCAUGUGCAGCUAUGUCUGGGAGCAUCUGGAUGUGGGUUAUGUGCAGGGUAUGUGUGACCUACUAGCACCAUUGCUGGUGAUCCUGGAUAACGAGUCACUUGCUUACAGCUGCUUCACACAAUUAAUGAAGAGGAUGACUCAAAAUUUUCCAAAUGGUGGGGCAAUGGACACUCAUUUUGCCAAUAUGAGGUCCCUAAUACAGAUUUUGGAUUCAGAGUUGUUUGAGCUAAUGCAUCAGAAUGGCGACUAUACACAUUUCUACUUCUGUUACCGGUGGUUUUUAUUGGAUUUCAAAAGAGAACUCCUCUAUGAGGAUGUAUUUGCUGUAUGGGAGGUCAUAUGGGUGGCUAAGCACAUUUCGUCUGAACAUUUUGUGUUGUUCAUCGCCCUUGCCUUGGUGGAGGUCUAUCGAGAGAUAAUCCGCGAUAACAACAUGGACUUUACUGAUAUAAUCAAGUUUUUUAACGAAAUGGCAGAACGUCAUGACGUGCAGCUCAUCUUGCAGAUCGCUCGGGAUCUGGUGCAUAAAGUGCAGACCCUGAUUGAGAACAAGUGAGCAGUCUGGAGGGGAGAAUCUGACAGAAGGAAGACUGAUCUCUGUGGUAGUGGCUAGGUGGCCUUGUGGAGCUCAGACAAGUGGGAUCUUCUGCAUAACUCCCUGGGAGAGGCGCCGUCCUUUAUUUUGUUUUUUUUCCUGCACCUUGAUGUACUCACUUCAUAACUUCUUCUAUAUUUGUGAAGAGACUGCCACCCACUUUUGCCCAUUAUGAGUCACCAUGGCAUGAUGUUCCAUGAUGUCAGGGCGUGAGCGAGCAUCCACAGCUUCUUAUCAGAGGAAGUGCCCCAUUCCCACUGGCACUGCUAUUAGAGUGUCUACCUCUGCCACGUUGCUCUUAGGCCAUGGCAGCGUCACUCGUACAGACCAGACUGAUUUAGACAGGACGUUCUUGGUUGUACUGAAGGUGCUGUAGUUGGUCUUUCCAAUCCAGGGCCAGUAUAAAAUAUGCAGGCCAUCCCAGUUGUUGUAGCAAGUCUUUAGUCAGCUACUUGGGGAGGAAUAUUAUCAGGACAAUGGUUUCUCUCUAGGUUUUAUCACACUAGGGAAGCGUCUGAUUCUGCACCAGAAGAAGCAAAAUCUGGCGGGCCUGUUUGACGGUUUCUGCACUGACUGUUUCCACAGGAAUCUCUCAAAUUUAGCGUGACGUUGACUACAGAAACAAACAGACAUGGGCACAUCUUACAAGGCUCCAUUUUUCAUAUGACAAAAAGGGGCUGAGAAAAGUACCUGCUGAGUGAAGGACACUCCACGGAGUGGACAGACUGGUUAAAAACAAACAAACAAACAAGAAAACAAUAGUCAUGGAGUUUAUUUUGCUUGUACCUUUUAAUCAUCAGAUCAGAUGUUUCUUCUUAAUUAUCUUGAUCCGUUUCCGGACGGAUUUCAGAAAUGGGCCAAAUACAGCAAAACAUUGUCAAAUGGAGACUGCUUUUAUAAUUUCCUAUUUUAUUUUGUGGCCGUGUGUGCCAGUGUCUCAUACUGCCACAUGCAUGCCAAGGGGUGCUAAGGUUUUUGCUUAAUGGCAAACCUUUACUGUUUAAACCGAAUAGCAAAAACUCAUUGGCAGUAUUUCACCUUUUCUUUCCUUUCUUAUCCACCAAACUGCUGUUUAUUUAUUUGUUUUGGGUGUUUUUAUAGUAAAUUGUUUUAUUUUUCUUUAUUUUUAAACUUUCUAUCUUGGCUGAAACUGUAUAGAUGUUUUAUUUUUUUAUCUAAAGCAUAGGUUUAAAAAAAAAUACCAAAAAAUGAAGUACAGUGUCAUUAAAAUUUUUAAAAAAACCGAGUUACCACCACCAGUGCAUGGCCUUAUUUUGUAUCGAUGUCCUGUGAAUGUUUUUCAGUCGUAUGAAAUGCAUUUGAAAGUAUUUAUUUUGUCAAAGUGUUCCUUAAAGUCUGUGUUUCUGUUCAUGUGACAGUUUGUUGGCAAAUCGUUGUCAAAGGUGCCCAGUGCGCCUUUGGCCGUAUUCUAGGGUUGCACUCUGCUUUAGCGACAAGUCAGCCAGAGAAACUGGGCGCAGCGCUGCCAUUCUGGGCCCACAUUUCGCACGUUGUGCGUCACGCGGCCGCUCCACUUGAGGAGUAAGCAGGGUGGCUGCCAUUGUGUCUCUUCGCUUCCUGAUUUCUGCUGGAGUCGCCUGUUCCAGUUCAGUGUUGGUGUUCAGACCGAACUAAAGGGCGGGUGGGGCUGCCGAUCAGUCACAGGGGGCGACAUUUUCAUGGCAGCUGACAUAACAACUUCACCACUGAGCUGCGGAAGGAAGUCUCCACACGAACACCGGAAUAAUAACUUCCAUAGAGUUGAAACAAAAUCGCAGCACCUCCAUGGUGCCCUGUUAGCGCCCCCUUCGUGCUUGCAUUUCUGUGCCGCUUCUAGGCUCCUCAUAACAUUGGGCAAAUCUUUACAAACUUAGAAACCGAUUCUAUAUACAAGGACUGUACUUUUCAAUAAGUGCGUAUUGCUUUCUUUUUUCUCUGUUAUUUCUUCAUUAUUAUUCUUAUUACAUUUUGACAUUUCGUAAAGCACUUUGAGCUACAUCCUCUGUAUGAAAAUGUGCUAAAGAAAGAAAUGCUGCUGUUAAGUGAAUGUGCUGGAGUUGGGAGUUCAGUGGGCCCAGAGUGUCGUAAUCUGAGGAGAUCCGGGGGCACCCAGAGUCACACAGUGCCGUUUUUGAACCGUUAUACACCGGUGAACAUUUGUGGACAUUGAUUUGUGUGGUUGAGCUGUCAGUUCAGCUGUACCCAAUGUGGACUGAAGCACUCUGGGUUCAAUUUGAAGUCAGUCCAGCCAGACCCCUUGCAUGACGUUUGGUGGCCUGGUGGUGCGCGUCAGUGCACCGUCAUAAAAAGACGUCACAGUGCUGAUUUAUGUGAACAGAGCUGCUUGCUCGGCGUGGUGUCGUGAACGUUGAGAAUUCUCUCAGCAAGGCUUAAUGGUGCAGUCGAUGUGAUGAGCAGCCCACAUCUGCUUACUGCUGGCACAGCGCUCCCUAACGUCAGAUGGCUGUGUGCUCCUCACCAAACUGCCGAACUGUGCAGAAUGUCGGCGAUUACUAUGAGCUCCGGCCCCCCACGAGGAUGGCUGGUGCACCAUACUGAGAGUCCCAUCUAACGUGUCCUUCAGCGCUCAGCAGCUUUAGUCUCACAUUCUGUCUGCCGAGGGUGGGCAGAACCAAUAAUUACUCUUCUCUUAUUUAAAGUGACGUCCUUUCACACUUUUGCUUAUGUGUGUCUUUAAAACAAUUCAAAGUAUUGCUUCUACAGCACUGGAAAAAACUGACUGGCAUGUUGUAGUGAAGACCAUCAGCAGAGAUUGUAACGGAGGGAGGAAGUGGGAGGCCAAGUGGAUUAGUAUUUGACCAGAUGGCACUUGGCAAGCAUGGCUGGCGCUCUUUUUAUUUAUUUAUUUUUUUGGGUUGCCCAAACACGAGGUCCAUUCGGUGGUCGUGGAUUGAGAGGCUCCCCUCCGCACUCGCCAGUUGCACUGAGAACAGCUGCCCCAUAUUCUCUGGCUUCGAGACUUGCUGCAGGGUUCUUGUUGUGCCUUUUACGAAGGUCAGAUUCGGACUGUUUUGUUCCAGUUUGUAUUGCAUGUUAUUGCAGAAAUGUCAAAACUCUUUUGCAUGCCUGAACUCCCCUCUUUUAGCACAGGCUGUAUGCCAGUUUUUUUUCGUGGGGUGGUCCCUGCCUAAGCCUGUUGUUGUCACCCCCGUUCCACUUUGUCCAGCUCUCCAAUGCCAUGAUGGAGAAUUGCGCCUGGUUUUGCUC